AUGGUAACAAGAGCUAAAGAUGUAAUUCACAAACCAAAUCUGAGAUAUGCUCUUCUAACCUCUAGAUACGCGACUGAAGAACCUAAAGAUCUAGAAGCUGCAAUGGCACAUCCAGGGUGGAACCUAGCUGUAAUGGAUGAAGUAGGGAGAAUCAACAUGCUGCACACAUGGGACUUGGUUGAACCAACAGAAGACAUGAACUUGCUGCACUCAAAAUGGGUUUUCAAAACCAAAUUAAAGCCUGAUGGAACUGUAGACAAACUAAAAGAAAGACUUGUUGCCAAUGGAUUUGAGCAAGAAGAAGGUGUAGAUUACCUUGAGACAUACAGUCAUGUGGUUAGAACAGCGACUAUCAGGCUGGUCUUAGAGGUAGCUACGGCUAAAUGA